AUGUUUAUAUUGAUUCUUGGAUUUGUAGCAUUUGCAUUUUCGUUCUCGGAUUUUAAUGACCAGCCCUUUCAAUUUGAAGAUAGUGAAAAAAUUAGUGAUGAGGAACUUUUGUUGUUGCUGGUAACACAAGACCAAGGAAAUGAUUGGUUAAGAAUUCUCCAACUUUUGAUCGAUAAAUUGCGCCACUACCCACAAUUGUCCGAUUCAACUUUUGAAGAACACAUCAAAUUGAUUAUCGAAGGACAACAAAUGUUGUUGAAAAAAAUUGGUACAAUUUUGAACAGAAAAGUGUUUGGCAAUUCUGAUAUAAAUGAGUUAAUGGAUCUACUUCGAACAUCCGUAACUCAAGGGAGACAUACAAGUAGAUUAUGGUUCUAUUUGUAUGGUGUACAUGGGAUGAUGGAAAAAUUAAGUAGAGCAGUUGGCAUCAGAGAAAGUGUAAAAGCUCAGAUGUACAAUGAAUUUGUUUUGCCAGUGACUUAUUUCGAGAAACAACUUCAAUUAAUCGAAAAACUACUUAGAAAACCGUUGUUUAGACAUAACAGGGAAUAUGAAAGAACAAGAGAUGCCUUUUCAUUAUUUGUGAGGACUGGUCGUACUGCACAAGCGGAGUGGAGUAAAAAUUUCGGAGCAACAGAGAACAAGGAAAAAUUCAAACUUGAACACUUCAGUCUUACAUUAUACAGAAGGUCUCAAGAUAGUAGGAUUACCAGAAGAAGAAGAACAAGAUCGUUGUCUGCAACAAAAUAA